AUCCCCGUGGUAAUCCAGUAGAACGGUUUAACCGUACACUGCUAGGGAUGCUUGGAACACUCCAAGAAGACGACAAACUAAAAUGGCGUGAUCAUGUGCAGCCAUUGGCUCACGCCUACAAUUGCACAAAAAAUGACACAACUGGGCAUUCACCCUAUCAGCUCAUGUUUGGGAGACAGCCAAAUCUUCCAAUUGAUGUGGCUUUUGGACUUAAUGUGAGUAGGCAGGACAGUGUAACUCACAGUGAAUAUGUGAAGAAGCUCAGGGAAAGCCUACAGGAAAGUUACAAACUUGCUGUGGAACAUAGCGAGAAAGCUGCCCUACGCAAUAAGUCAAGAUAUGAUCUAAAAGUGAGAGAAUCCACCUUGGAGGUUGGAGAUCGUGUUCUUGUCAAGAAUGUUGGAAUACGAGGGAAACACAAACUAGCUGACAGAUGGAGUCAGACGGUCUACAAAGUUGUAAAACAGCUCAAUGACUCUCCUGUAUAUGUUGUUGCUCCACUCAAGUCAGAUGGGCCUGAGAGGACACUGCAUAGAGACUUACUGUUACCGUGUGGGUUUCUGUCAUGCUCAGCGCCAAUCGAACCCAGUCAUGGAAGCCAAGAGAAAGAGACACCCAAAGGCGACACCUCCAAAGAGAAUCCAUUUUCUGAAGUUGAAGGAGACUAUCAUUAUCUGGGUGAUAAUGACAUUGUGGAUUAUGACUUUCCAGUAGUUUACGAAGAAGUCAAUUACCCGGCUUUCAUUACUGUCAGUGAAAUCCCCAAAGCAACUGAGUCUGUGUCAGAACAAAGUGUGGACCGGGACGAGUCUGAUCUAAACCCUGCAGUAAAGGAGUUUCAUUCUGCACCCGUGGAGCUGGAUGAGGGCGAAGGUUCACUUCAAGGUUCUAGUGGAAAUGACAUUGGAAAUGACCCUCCAAUGAAAGAAACAGGUGUUAUUGUUAAUGAGGAAUAUUCAUCUGUUCAUGAUUCAUGUGCUGAUAUAGAUCCAGCUACAGAAAAUGAUGUUGAACCUUUGGAAAAGGUUAUUGAUGUAACUCAGGAGCAGUACCAAACUGAAACAACCGGGUUGUCGGAUGGAAAAGAGGGGAGUGAUAGAUAUGGAUUGGAGGCAGAAGUUGCUAAAGAUGAAAAACCUCCAGAAACAAGAGAAAUCAGGCGGUCAACUAGGAACAGGACUGAACCUAGCAGACUAACCUACAACACCUUGGGAAAUCCCUUAACAUUAGUGAUGCAUUCUCUUUUAAACAGUCUUGAUCAGGUUUUUUCACAUGCCCUUGGCUCAAACCCUUCCCCAUGUGUUGGUAGAGUAAAAACCAUUUAAAGUGACUGCUGUCAUGCAGGGAUGCAUGCCCAUUUAGGGGGGGAGGGAUGUAACCCACCUAAAAUCUGCCUCAUGAAAAUGAACUGCUGUUCCCCAAAAAUGUCAGUAGGUGGCACUAUGAGAUUGUUUAGUGCUUGUGAACUUGAGUUGAGAACUAUAGAGAAGGAGAAUAGCGCUAAGGCUACGUAUGCUGGUCGGAGCUACUCACAGAGUUUUUCCUUAACCUUUUUCUUGAACAAGGAUUGUGUGUGAAGACACAAAUUGGAUUUUACUUUUCCGCUUGUUGGGAAACGCGGACACUUUUUGUUGAUGCUGAUGUACCUCUGUUUUUGUGUUUUUUGUUCAUUUCCGGUUGGUUUUUUUGUUGGAGUCUAAAGUUGUGAGCCAGGAUUCCGGAUCCCCAGCUGCGAUGCAGGAAAGAUUUCCAGCCUACUUAGAAGUGACAACUGCGUUACUUCUUGACAGAUAAGCUUAUGAGAUCUCAGAACAAUACACUACCCGGGUAGUACUACUAACAUUAACACUAUACACACACACUCACACACCUGAACUGAAAAGACUGAAAAGAACUCUGAACACUGAACUCUGAACUCUAAAACUGAAUACACAGACUGACAAAUAUGGACAAUUGGAACUGUUGUGAACUGUUGAAUGACUGUUUUUGGUUUUGUUUUGAAUAAAUGUUGACUGUUCUUUUAGCUGUGUGUCAUUCGCUCCUUAGUCGAUUCCUAGAGGCCAUAAGCCUAAGAUCCUAACUUUCUCUACAUUCAGUAGUGGUAAAGUAUCGUG